GAGGACUAGGGGGACUCGGCCCUUGUUGCGAGUGGGGGGAUAGGGAGAGAGAGCAGUGUUGCGGGGUAUGGAAGAGACCCUGGUGCGAGCCUCAUUUAUGGUGGAGGAGGGGAACCCCCGUUCCCUGAAUAAUGAGGACAUUUCAGAUGUCCUGGUGUGGAACGCCUCAUCCGUGGAGCAGAUGCGGCGUAGACGGAGGAAUUGGGAGUAGGGGAUGGAGUCCUUACAGGAAGCAGGGUGGGAAGAAGUGUAGUCCAGAUAGCCAUGGGAGUCAGUGGGUUUAUAGUUUAUAAGGUUUAGAGGGAUAUGGGCCAAACAUGGGCAUAUGGGACUAGUGUUGAUGCGGUAUCUUGGUCAACAUGGACAAAUUGGGCUGAAGGGCCUGUUUUCAUGCUGUAUGACACUGAAGAAGGGUCUUGACCCGAAACGUCACCCUUUCCUUCUCUCCAGAGAUGCUGCAGGUCCCGCUGAGUUACUCCAGCAUUUUGUGUCUUGACUCUAUGAAUCUUUGACAAUCCUUCAUUGGUCCUUAGCUUCCAAAUGCAGAUAAAUUCUGUCUCGCAGAAUACUUUUCUUGCCUGCAAUUUCAAUCAUUUUCCCAUCACUGAUUUAAAUAAAUAAUAAAAUAAACAAAUAAAUAAAUAAAUAAGGCUCACUAGAUGGUAGUUCCUUGACAUUUCCUUGCUGCCCUUCUUAAAUAAAGGCACAACAUAAGCUAUUAAUGCGAAGUUCAGGUUGUAGCCUGAUUAGAAGUCAACAUUGCUAACAUCCUGGAAUACUAAUAAUGGUGGUCUGGGAGCUGAUAAGAGAUAUUAUGCAGAUAAUCGGGUUUCUGGCAGUAACAGUAAUGGAUUUGAUCUAAAUCAAGAAAGGUAUGGAUGCUACAAAAGCAGAGCAAAGCAGUUAUGGGUUUGAGAUUGGUAGUUGCAUUGGCGCUUUCUGUGAAGUUUGUUACUACAGUAAUAAAAUCUAUAACAAUAAUGAAAGAGAAUUCAUAUAGUCAAAACAAAAUAGUGUUAAUUCCUUGAUUUUACAAAUGUGCAAUGUAUUCAUUUUAAAAUUUAAGUUUCUUAAAGUAUUUUUCUCCUCAAUUUAGUGUUGAAAAUACUUUGGGCAGUCGGUUCCAUCAGGCAUCUGCCAAUCUGGUACCACAAACUAAAGAAUUAUGAGCACACCUGAAAGGUUCUCUCAACAGUUGCAGUCCUAUGUGGUGUGGGUCAACUCCCAAUUGAAGAAAAAGCCUGGACUGAAUCCAGUGCAAGACUUACGGCAAGACCUGCGUGAUGGAGUGGUGUUGACACAUCUUGUGGAGAUCGUGGCGGGUGAACGACUCAGUGAUGUUUGCCUCAACCCCCGCAGCCAGAAGGAAAUGAAGGACAAUGUGGAGAAAGUACUCCAGUUCAUAGCCUCCAAGAAGAUCCGUAUGCACCAGACUUCAGCUCGUGACAUCGUUGAAGGGAACUUGAAAUGUGUGAUGCGACUGAUCCUGUCUCUGGCAGCUCACUUCAAACCAUCUGGUGUUAGAUCAGCAAGCCAAAGGUCAGCAGCAGCCCUGGGGAGCAAUACCACUGUUCCACUGGACAAUCACCGGCCGCUGUCUGCGACGGCCAUGGUACAGAACGCCGCCGCCGCUCUCGCUGAGGCCCGCCACGAUGUUUCACGCUCUGGUCGGGAGGUAUUCCGCUACAAGCAGGAGAUUCCCAGCUGUGACGAGGAAAUGAACAGUCGUUCCUGGAGCGUUCGAGCAAUGGUGAAACAGUACGAGGGCCAGCAGAUACCUGUAUCACCACCACUCUCACCAAGGUAAUCGAUGUACUGCUUUCUUAGUUUCACUCUAGGAGCUUGGCUCCUUCCAUUUCUGCUUGUGUAUGGAUACAGUUAAAUGUGCUAAUCAUUCCAUUGUGCAACUUGCAGGAAUCUCAAUGUAUUAUGAAACUGGUCAGUAAAAAAUUGUUUUUCAUAUUUGGUUUUGUUUUUAACAUACAUGUUGUGAAGAAUCAUUUUUAAUAGGUGGAACUUUGCAUACAAUUUAAACUGACACAAGCGCCUGAAGUUUGACGGUGAGAUAAAAAUAUUAGGUGGCCAGUAACACCGUGGCAUCAGAAACUGUUGAGAGUGAUUCUCUUUUCUCCUGCUCCAGGAAAUUGAUUUCUGCGUGUAUUGCGUGCAGCUGUCUAAACUUUGACAUUAACCUGAAACAUUCCCAUAACACUGUUGAAGUGUUGGGGGAAUUGCGUACUUCAUAUCAGACAAUAUUUAUCCCUCAGCUACAUUUCAAAUGUAGAUGAUCUAGUCACUUAUCCUGUAGCUGUUUGCGUGACAUUCAAUAUAUUGAUGGUGUUAUUGCACUUCGCAGGGUUGCAAUGGUGUCAGAGUCAUAGAGUGAUACUGCGUGGAAACAGGCUCUUCGGCCCAACUUGCCCACACCGGCCAACAUGUCCCAGUUACUCUAGUCCACAUUUGCCCCAUAUCACUCCAAUAUAUACAUUGCCCUCCAUAAUUGGAGAUAGGUUAUAUUACUUAUCAAUCAAUGUAGUGUUUUAUUUCACCCAUUUUGUCCCUUAUCUCAUGUUGCUAUGGCCAACUCAUUCCGUAAACUGAUCCUCUGAUUUUUGACUCAGACCUCGCUGAACAUUGGCGGAUUUUUUAAUGCAAUUUCAACUUUUACAUUUGUGCUGAUCAUCGCAACUAGACCACUGUGUCUCUCUCCUUCUCAACAUCGCUGACCCAGAAGUUAUUAAACAAGCAGAGCAUUUCGACCUUGCUCCUGCAGUUCUGGUUCACAACAAUCAGAUCGUGGUACCUGCUGAAACUAGAGAUGAUCCCACUUCUGACACCAUGUUGAGUAAAUCACACAUACUCACGGAUCUGGUACAACAGUAUAAAAGCUCGUACAAUAGCCGGCGUGCCAAUUUGCCGUACACAGUGCCCCCGCACGCCGCAUGCAGAUAAUGGCAGUCAGUUCACUAGCCAGUGUUUUAAAAACUUUGCCCAACGAUGGGAUUUUCGCCACAUCACCAGCAGUCCAGAAUUCCCACAAUCAAAUGGACUUGCAGAAAGGGCUGUCAUGAGCGGCAAACAAUUAAUGGAGCGCUCAUAUCUUGCUAAAUCCGAUAUCUACCUGGACCUGUUCAACCUGACAAUGUGCACUUUAACCACAUGUGAUUUUGUUUCUAUUACAAAUCUCAAAUUGUGGAGUAGAGAGGCAAAUAAAUAAAUGAUGGGUCUUUGUCCCAAACAUUAUGGAGUGCACUGUAUGUCCUAUCCAUGUAAUUGUGUAAUCCAUGGUGGACCAUGUAAUCCAUAAUAACCAGACUUUAGAAGUUAGCUAUGAAGCUAUGAAAAUAACUAUGAAGUACUACCAUCGUCUCGGCAUUGUGAAUUAUAAAGCAGCAAGCUUUUUUUUCUUGAUAUCCAUGUGUCGAUUUACUUCCAGCAUUAGUACCUCAAUAUUGAUCAAAGAUGCAGAAAUCAGCUGACCUAUUUAUCUAACCCCACCUCCCUUAAUCUGGAGCAGUGGUGCUGAAUGUAGCAGUUGUGUUGUAGAUGGGAUAGUGGAACCUGCUACAUCCUGGUAUGUUUGCCUUGGAUAACGUGUGAUAAACUCACUGAAUCGUUUGUGGAAUUGCAUCGCACAUCGAACUAUUGUAACUCUGAAGCCAAACUCUAGCCUAGAUUUAGUGUAUCUGAUUCGUAAAUAAAAUCAUAGUGAUUACAUACUAUGCUAUUUUUGGUGUUACGUUUAGUAAAGUCUAUCUCCAAACACAUGUUUGAGGCUUGUAAAAGUUAUAUAUAGAGGUAAUUAGAAGUUGGGCAGAACAGUCAAAUGCAGAAAUAUAUAAUUAAAUCUUCUGACGGGUGAAUUUUGCUAAAAUAACUAGGUCCUCUUGAUUUAAAUUUUCGUUUUGAGGUUGCACAUGGUCUGACCUGAUGUAACAGUUUUUGGAGGGAAUCAUGGUGGAGGGUGGGGAGCAGGGACGUGCGGUCAGGGAAGGCAGAGCCUCACCUGUCAUACUCCCAAUGAAAAUAGCUGUUAAGAAAAGUAAA